CAUGGGGGAAGGGUGUGUUACUGAGCCUCCGACGCAGCCCUGCCUAUUAUUUUGCUUGACGUUCUUCCUUCUUGCUCUUGUCAUACAGUUUGGGGAUGUCUUUUUAUGUAGGCAAAUGUUACAACUGAUAGUAAUGAAGGAUAUCUGCAAGAAUCAAAGAUAAAUAAUUUUUCGAACGUUGACUAUUAUUCGACGGCUACUUUUUCGGAAGUGGUCCAUCGCGAACAGAAAGAGAAAGGGGGUAACUGUAUAUUCGCCGAUGCUUUAUCCGCAAUUGUCAUGUCGUUGUAUUGUUUCUGUUGACGGUUAAUUAUUAAAUAAUCAACUAUGAAAUGCUGGUUGACAAUUAGUCUUAAGUCGUUCAGUGUUUUGCCUUGGGAGUGGUUGGUUUUGCGAGCAUCAUUUGGCACCCCCCCCAAAAAUACAUAUUUCUCAACGACAGACAUCCACCCAUGGUCGUGGUACGCGCAGACUACCUGACCUAUGUUUUUAGUUUUGCCAAUUGUUUUUAUUGGAUAUAACAAACUUCUGUGUUCCGGACAUACACCCACAGGCAUCACUGGACCACACAUAAUUGCUUUCUAAAACAUAUUUUUAGUAUAGUAAUGGUGCGAUAGUUAGAAUAAACCCAUUUUGGUUUCAUUUUAUUUCCAUAAUGAAGCACAGCAUUGAUGCCUUUCUUCACAUGAAGAAUCAGCCAAACAUGAAGUGGAUAGCCUAGUAAGUAGGCUAUUCAGACAGUUUUCUAGACAAUUGUCUGUAUAAUUUCGUGUUCGGUGCUGCCCUUUUACAAUAAAAAUGAGUAUUGUUUGAGGAUACAAUUCUGUCUCACUGCUCUCGAACCUGGGGUUGCCGGUAGGAUUGGCGUCUAUUGCCUUUGAACACUGGCUAGGCGGUGGAGCGGCCAAUGUCGACUGUUAUCCUCGGUAGAAUAUAACGUUAAUCCUGUACAUACCUACAUACAAACCAAGUUGCCAUUUAGUCUAAUAGAAAGGAUACCUCAGGGACAAUGUCUUCUCGUGCAGCACUACCUGGGAACGAUCGGAAAUCGGACCUCCAUACCUCUCUCUCGACGAGCCGCUCGGAGAAAAGCACCGGUUGGUCGAGCAGAUCACUCGGAGCACGAUGCCGGAACUCUAUCGCCUCAUGUUCGGACGAGCAGCCGCACAUCGGCAACUACCGUCUGCUCAAGACCAUCGGCAAGGGCAACUUCGCCAAGGUCAAGCUGGCCAGGCACAUCUUGACGGGCAAAGAGGUUGCAAUAAAGAUCAUUGACAAAAACCAGCUCAACCCGACCAGCCUACAGAAGCUCUUCAGAGAGGUACGGAUCAUGAAAGGCCUCAACCACCCAAAUAUCGUGCAGCUGUUUGAGGUGAUCGAGACAGAGAAUACGCUCUAUCUGAUAAUGGAGUACGCCAGUGGAGGUGAAGUGUUUGACUACCUCGUGUCCCAUGGGAGAAUGAAAGAGAAAGAGGCGCGGGCCAAAUUCCGUCAGAUUGUGUCUGCUGUACACUACUGUCACCUGAAGAACAUUGUUCACAGGGAUCUUAAAGCGGAGAACCUCUUGCUGGAUGCCGACUCCAACAUCAAGAUCGCAGACUUUGGCUUCAGUAAUGAGUUCACCAUGGGCAACAAGCUGGACACGUUCUGUGGCUCCCCUCCCUACGCCGCCCCAGAGCUGUUCCAGGGGAAGAAGUACGACGGGCCUGAGGUGGACAUCUGGAGCCUAGGGGUCAUCCUCUACACUCUGGUCAGCGGAUCGCUGCCCUUCGACGGGCAGAACCUCAAGGAGCUGCGGGAGCGUGUUCUGCGGGGGAAGUACCGCGUGCCUUUCUACAUGUCCACCGACUGCGAGGGCAUCCUGCGCAGGUUCCUGGUGCUCAACCCCACCAAACGCUGCACCCUGGAGCAAAUCAUGAACGACAAGUGGAUUAACUCUGGCUACGACGGAGAAGAACUGAAGCCUCAUAUAGAGCCCCUGGAGGACCAUAAUGAUGCCAGCCGCAUCGAGGUGAUGGUGGGGAUGGGUUACACCCGUGACGACAUCAAAGACGCUCUGACCACUCGGAAGUACAACGAGGUCACCGCCACCUACCUGUUACUGGGACGCAUGAAUGAGGUGGAGGGCAGCGAGUCUCGGUCAACCAGCAGUCUGAGCCUGGCGCGGGUAAGGCCCAGCACCGUCAUCAACGGCACCAGUAAACACUCCACCUCCUCCACCACCUCUGCCUCGGCCUCCUCCUCCUCUCACAGCAAGACCACCCAGCGCAGCGCCUCCACCUACCACCCCCGCAGGAGGCACAGUGACUUCUGCGGUCCAGCAGCGCCCCCGUCCCACCCCAAGCGUAGCCCCAGCAGCGUGGCGGGGGCAGACAGGGAGCUGAAGGAGGAGGGGGGGCGCAUGGCGUCCCGGAAGGUCAGCAGCAGUGUGGUGGGCAGCCGUUCCAUCCAGCCCCCCUCCAGCCCCAUGGUCAGCAGCGCCAACAACCCCAACAAGUCAGAGAUCCCCGACCGCCGCAAGGAGGUUAUCACCGCCACGAACAACGUCCCGGCAAGUGCCAUGAUCCGCCGGAACACAUACGUGUGCACCACGGACCGGAACAGCACAGACAGGCCCUCCCUGCUGCAGAACGGCAAGGAGAACAGCUCCAUUUCCCACCGGCUGCCCCCGGCCUCGCCCUCUACCCACAGCAUCGCUGGGGCCUCGGGGACCUCCUUCUCCGCGGGCUCCCGCCUCACCCGGGGCUCCAGCAUCCGCAGCACCUUCCACGGUGGCCAGCUGAGGGACCGGCGGCCUCCCUCCCACGCCCCUCCCACCUCCCCCACCCUGUCCCACGACGCAAGCCCCCUGCCCCACGCACGUACCCGCGUCACCUCCAACCUGUUCAGCAAGCUCACCUCCAAGCUCACACGCAGGGUCAAUCUUGACCCCUCUAAGCGUCCCAACUCAAACAAGUCCGUCUCGGGCUGCACUCUUCCGCAGGGAUCAAAAACAGUUAGGUCACAGACGAACCUGAGAGAGUCUGCAGAUCUCCGGUCACAAGCCUCGGCUGCACAGUCUCUGGUCAGACAGUCUCUGGUUAAAACCAGCAGGUAAAGCUCAGAGCAUGGGUCAAUGCAGCAUUAGCUCUAAAUGCCCUUGGUGUGACUCGUAGAUAGUAGAUGUGGUACUCUGUGAUAGAUGCCUGUGAGUGACUGCCUCUCUAAUUAUUUUCUGAAGUAGGUUCCUUCUGUGUGUUUUAUCAAGUAGGUUCCUCAGUGUAACAACAACUUCAACUCCCCAUCUAUUGACAUGAACCUCAUUCUCACUUACUCAAACAAUUUGAAUAAAUUAUUAAAUACCCAUAAUUAUGUAGACAUGCCGAAUACACAGAGCUUCCACUUGUUUCCAAGAGUAGUACUAGUACUAGUGUGUGGUAUUCUGGCUAUGUCCACCGUUAAACCUACUCCUACUUACACAGCAGAUAUGUUUUUGCUAGCUUGUGACCGAGCAUAGUAUUCCAAUUCCAUUUAAAUUGCAGUCAGGAAGUACACUGAAUUUCCAAUUCUCUUUUUUCAAUGAGGAAAAUGUGGAAUUAGAAUUGGAAUUUGGUUUACUUUCUGAAUGGACCGGAUUUAAAUGGAUUUGGCCACAUCUCUGCAAACCACAGACACCUCCAGAAAUAACAAUAUAAUGACCUGAAUAAAUAUAUACACACACACUACUGUUCAAAAGUUUGGGGUCACUUAGAAAUGUCCUUGUUUUCCAUAAAAACAUACAUGAAAUGAGUUGCAAAAUGAAUAGGAAAUAUUGUCAAGACGUUGGAUUUUUAAUUGAAAUAAUAAUUUUGUCCUUCAAACUUUGCUUUCGUAAAAGAAUCCUCUAUUUGCAGCAAUUACAGGCUUGCAGACUUUUGGCAUUCUAGUUGUCAAUUUGUUGAGGUAAUCUGAAGAGAUUUCACCCCAUGCUUCCUGAAGCACCUCCCACAAGUUGGAUUUGUUUGAUGGGCACUUCUUACGUACCAUACGGUCAAGCUGCUCCCACAACAGCUCAAUAGGGUUGAGAUCCGGUGACGGCUGGCAACUCCAUUAUUGACAGAAUACCAGCGGACUGCUUCUUCCCUAAAACGUUCUUACAUAGUUUGGAUUGGGUCAUGCUUUGGGUCAUUGUCCUGUUGUAGGAGGAAAUUGGCUCAUAUUAAGUGCCGUCCACAGGGCGUUGCAAAAUGGAGUGAUAGCCUUCCUUCUUCAAGAUCCCUUUUACCCUGUAUAAAUCUCCCACUUUACCACCACCAAAGCACCCCCAGACCAUCACAUUGCCUCCACCAUACUUGACAGAUGGCGUCACUCCUCCAGCAUCUUUUCAUUUUUUCUGCGUCUCACGAAUGUUCUUCUUUGUGAUCCGAACACCUCAAACUUGGAUUUGUCUGUCCAUAACACUUUUUUCUAAUCUUCCUCUCUCCAGUGUCUGUGUUCUUUUGCCCAUCUUAAUCUUUUCUUUUUAUUGGCCAGUCUGAGAGAUGGCUUUAUCUUUGCAACUCUGCCUAGGUCAGAAACCCAGAGUCACCUCUUCACUGUUGACGUUGAGACUGGUGUUUUGCGGGUACUAUUUAAUGAAGCUGCCAGUUGAGGGCUUGUGAGGCAUCUGUUUCUCAAACUAGACACUCUAAUGUACUUGUCCUCUUGCUCAGUUGUGCACCGGGGCCUCCCACUCCUCUUUCUAUUCUGCCAGUUUGUGCUAUUCUGUGAAGGGAGUAGUACACAGUGUUGUAUGAGAUCUUCAGUUUCUUGGCAAUUUCUCGCAUGGAAUAGCCUUUGUUUCUCAGAAUAAGAAUAGACUGAUGAGUUUCAGAAGAAGGUGCUUUGUUUCUGGCCAUUUUGAGCCUAUAAUCAAACCCACAAAUGCUGAUGCUUCAGAAACUCAACUAGUCUAAAGAAGGCCAGUUGUAUUGCUUCUUUAGCAGAACAACAGUUUUCAGCUGUGCUAACAUAAUUGCAAAAGGGUUUUCCUAUGAUCUAUUAGCCUUUUAUAAUGAUAAACUUGGAUUAGCUAACACAACGUGUCAUUGGAACACAGGCGUGAUGUUUACUGAUAAUGGGCCUCUAUACGCCUAUGUAGAUAUUCCAUAAAAAAAUCAGCCGUUUCCAGCUACAAUAGUAAUUUACAACAUUAACAAUGUCUACACUGUAUUUUUGAUCAAUUUGAUGUUAUUUUAAUGGACAAAAAAUGUGCUUUUCUUUCAAAAACAAGGACAUUUCUAAGUGACCCCAAACUUUUGAACGGUAGUGUGAGUGUGUAUAUAUAUAUAUAUAGGGAACACUAAAAUAACACAUCCUAGAUCUGAAUGAAUGAAAUAUUCUUAUUAAAUACUUUUUUCUUUAAAUAGUUGAAUGUGCUGACAACAAAAUCACACAAAAAUGACCAAUGAAAAUCAAAUUUAUCAACCCAUGGAGGUCUGGAUUUGGAGUCACACUCAAAAUUAAAGUGGAAAACCACACUACAGGCUGAUCCAACUUUGAUGUAAUGUCCUUAAAACAAGUCAAAAUGAGGCUCAGUAGUGUGUGUGGCCUCCACGUGCCUGUAUGACCUCCCUAAAAUGCCUGGGCAUGCUCCUGAUGAGGUGGCGGAUGGUCUCCUGAGGGAUCUCCUCCCAGACCUGGACUAAAGCAUCCGCCAACUCCUGGACAGUCUGUGGUGCAACGUGGUGGAUGGAGCGAGACAUGAUGUCCCAGAUGUGCUCAAUUGGAUUCAGGUCUGGGGAACGGGCGGGCCAGUCCAUAGCAUCAAUGCCUUCCUCUUGUAGGAACUGCUGACACACUCCAGCCACAUGAGGUCUAGCAUUGUCUUGCAUUAGGAGGAACCCAGGGCCAACCGCACCAGCAUAUGGUCUCACAAGGGGUCUGAGGAUCUCAUCUCGUUACCUAAUGGCAGUCAGGCUACCUCUGGCGAGCACAAGGAGGGCUGUGGGGCCCCCAAAGAAAUGCCACCCCACACCCUGACUGACCCACCGCCAAACCGGUCAUGCUGGAGGAUGUUGCAGGCAGCAGAACGUUCUCCACGGCGUCUCCAGACUGUCACGUCUGUCACAUGCGCUCAGUGUGAACCUGCUUUCAUCUGUGAAGAGCACAGGGCGCCAGUGGCGAAUUUGCCAAUCUUGGUGUUCUCUGGCAAAUGCCAAACGUCCUGCACGGUGUUGGGCUGUAAGCACAACCCCCACAUGUGGACGUCGGGCCCUCAUACCACCCUCAUGGUGUCUGUUUCUGACCGUUUGAGCAGACACAUGCACAUUUGUGGCCUGCAGGAGGUCAUUUUGCAGGGCUCUGGCAGUGCUCCUCCUGCUCCACCUUGCCACCUUGCACAAAGGCGGAGGUAGCGGUCCUGCUGCUGGGUUGUUGCCCUCCUACGGCCUCCUCCACAUCUCCUGAUGUACUGGCCUGUCUCCUGGUAGAGCCUCCAUGCUCUGAACACUACGCUGACAGACACAGCAAACCUUCUUGCCACAGCUCGCAUUGAUGUUCCAUCCUGGAUGAGCUGCACUACCUGAGCCACUUGUGUGGGUUGUAGACUCCGUCUCAUGCUACCACUAGAGUGAAAGCACCGCCAGCACUCAAAAUUGACCAAAACAUUAGCCAGGAAGCAUAGGAACUGAGAAGUGGUCUGUGGUUAUCACCUGCAGAACCACUCCUUUAUUGGGGGUGUCUUGCUAAUUGCCUAUAAUUUCCACCUGUUGUCUAUUCUAUUUGCACAACAGCAUGUGAAAUGUAUUGUUAAUCAGUGUUGCUUCCUAAGUGGACAGUUUGGAGUUACAUUGUGUUGUUUAAGUGUUCCCUUUAUUUUUUUGAGCAGUGUAUAUAUAUAUAUAUAUAUAUAUACAGUGCCUUGCGAAAGUAUUCGGCCCCCUUGAACUUUGCGACCUUUUGCCACAUUUCAGGCUUCAAACAUAAAGAUAUAAAACUGUAUUUUUUUUGUGAAGAAUCAACAACAAGUGGGACACAAUCAUGAAGUGGAAC